AUGUCAUCCAACUCAGUAACUAGUUUCAAGUCUCCUGAGGACCAGUACAUCCUCGUCACCGGCUCUACCGGCUUCAUCGGCGCUCAUGUCGUCGACAACCUUCUAGCGCGGGGAUAUCGCGUCCGCGGCGCAACACGAUCGGCCCAAAAGGGCGAGCAGAUGAAAGCCGCUAGACCCCACUACGCCUCGAAACUAGACUUCGUCGUCAUCAAGGACUUUACCAAAACCGGAGUCUUCGAUUCAGCCAUAGAGGGAAUUGACGGCGUUAUCCACGUCGCAAGCCCUUUCUUCCUAAACACCACAAACAACGAACAAGAACUCAUUCUACCAGCAAUUAACGGAGUCAAAUCAAUCCUCUCCGCAUCCGCCAAGCCAGGCAGCAAAAUUCAACGCAUUGUCCUCACAUCCUCCUUCGCCUCCGUCGUGGAUAUAGACAAGAUUCCCCCCCCAGGAUUCACCUAUACAGGAGCUGACUGGAAUCCGUUAACCUACGGAACGGCAAUUGACCCCACCUCUUCCGCCGUAAUCGCUUACCGAGGCUCUAAGAAAUUCGCCGAGCUCGCAGCCUGGGAUUUCAUCAAGACGCAAAACCCCCAAUUCGAUCUUGUUACCCUCUGCCCACCCAUGGUCUUUGGCCCAGUCGUACACCCAGUGCCUGAUAUCGCCUCUCUCAAUGAAUCUAACGCCAAUCUCUGGGCCGUCGCUGCUGGUGACCCACUCCCCGGUGCACGAGUGACAGCAUGGAUCGAUGCACGCGAUCUUGCUGAUGCACAUGUGCGCGCCCUUAUCACGCCGGAAGCGGGUGGGAAGCGAUUUGUUCCUUCUUCACCGGAGCCAUUUUCUUAUGAGUAUGCGGCGGAUAUUAUUAGGGGGGAGUUUGAGUGGGCGGAAGGUGUUGUUACGGAUGACUAUACGAAGGGUCAGAGGCCUAGUGCCUCUUAUGCGGUCGAUGGGGAAACUGUGUCGAGGGAGUUGGGGGUUGAGUAUAGGAGCUUCAAGGAGACUGUUGUUGAUUUUGUUAGGCAGGUUAAGGAGACUAUUGCUUGA